AUGGACUCAAACUUAAACGAAAACAUUAAGGACUACAACCAGGCCGUUCUGCAACGAAGCAAGGAUGACAGUAAGACUCUGUAUGUCCGCCACAAGAAACUAUCCACAACACGACAGCUCUACAAACGUGAUGGAAUCCACCUGGACGACACCACGGGGACCAGCCUGCUGGUUGCAGAUGUAAAGCGCACCAUGCGUUCUGCCGAGAACAGGUCCACUUACAGUGGCAGCGGCACUUACACACCUCCCGACACAUCAGCAAGGGAGCGCCAGGGGCCACGACAAAGACAGGAUCGCCAGUACCACAACGCUCGAACGCCUCAACAACAGAGCCAGGACAGGCCCACAGGACCUCGCCAUGAUGCUGGAAGCUACCCACUAGGUGACUGGAGCCGCCGCCCGAACCUACACGCGUCCCAGAUUCCACAACAGAAAAUCAUGGACAUAGCAUACAAACUGUCCGAGAUGCUGAUGAACAUUUGAGCUACAUAUGGGAAACAAUGGCACCGUCCAUCGAAGGGAAGUCUUACUUUCUUAUGUCCUAAUAUCCCAAUAUGAGCAUGUUAUGUUUUCUUAAAAGAUGAAAUAGUGUGCGACCGGUACGUACUCAUCUACAAGUUCAAAAGAUAAUUACCUUUAAGUUCUAUAGCAUUAGCAGCACUUGAAAUUGCUCUUGACAUUCUUUUCUUUUCGGUAGUCUUUUAUGGUUGUUGAUGUGGCCCUAAGUUUGGCCAGCUGGAACAUUCAAGGUAGUCUUUCUAGAAAAUGUGUAGAAUUAGAUUUCUUAGAAGCUGUAUGUAGAUAUGAUAUAGUUUGUGUUCAGGAAACUUGGUUAAAGCCCGAUGAUACUUUUCGUAUCAAUGGAUACCAACACAUUCGUAGCGACCGUAAACUCAGGAAGCGCUCCCGACGGAACUCCGGAGGGGUCGCUGUCCUUUUUAAACAAACUAUCGCUAAAGGAAUUUCUAAACUAAAAAGUAAUAAUCCUGACAUCCUCUGGUGCAAACUAGAUAAGGUUUUCUUUGGUUUAGAGGCAGAUGUAAUACUGGGAUGUCUGUACCUACCUCCUGAAAACUCACCUUUAUUUACCACAAAAAAGAACACAAUUUUUGAAGAUCUAAUGGCGGACCUGGCAAAAUUCAAUAACUUAGGACAUGUCCUUCUUCUUGGUGACAUGAACUCAAGAACAGCAAAUCUACAAGAACAACAUUUUGAUGGCUUUGACGAAAACUCUACAAAAAUUAACAUUAAACCUAGGAUAAACACAGACAAUGUAAAAAAUAAGUAUGGUAGAGAAUUAGUUGAUCUGUGCUCGGCUGCCGACAUGUUGAUAGUAAACGGAAGAACGAUUGGCGACCUCCCCGGAAAAAGUACAUGUAUAAAAUAUAAUGGAACAAGCACUGUAGACUAUUGCAUAACCAGUAUACCCCUCUUUUCAUCCGUACAAUACUUCAAAGUUCACAAUCCUACCUGGCUAUCAGAUCACCGCCAGAUCUCUGUCUCGCUUAAAACUAACCAUUCUAGCUUUAGAAAUACGGAUAAAGAAAAACAUCUUAUACAUCCAAAGAAAUAUAUCUG